GAACAAUGUAUUCAGUAUUUAUUUGUGUGUGUGUGUGAGUGCGUAUGUAAAGGGAACCUGUAUUGUCAUAAUCGUCGCAGCUUGCCGACAAGAAGUCUGUUGUGGCGUUGCUUUUGCAAGGCUGCUGGAGUUUUUAGCAGUGUGAGAGAAUCCUGGGACUUGGUGAUGUCAGACUGGUUGGGUCAUUUGAAGGUUACCAGCCUGGGAAGGGUUCAUUGAAAGUUCACUCGCAUAUAUUAGGCAAUUCAAUCUUUCAUUCUCAGUGACAAAACUAGUAGGAAGUGAGAUGUAUGGAGGCAGAACAAACCAUUCGUCAAUGAAGGGGAGACUGGAUUUUAAAAAUAUAAACCCAUUUGUUUUUAACAGCUCUUUGCCGCCUGCCGCAGUUUAAAAUAUACUUUGUUGUUUUAAUAAUUCAGAAGACCCAUAGUGCGAUAUUUGGGGGGCUAAAGACGUCGGAUUCAGUUCAGAAAAAUCCAGGACACCCCUUUUUCUUGGGUAUCUGGCUUGCCUGGAAAAUGGUAAAUGAUCAUUUGGAUCAAUUACAGGCUUUUAGCUGUGUUGUCUGUCAUAAUUCAUGAUUCUAGUCUGGGAAAAAGAUCAAGACUUUACGUGCCAAAAAAGGGGCAGAGUUUGAUGGAGUUGGGUCCACUUUUACAUGCCAUUUCCCUCUACACCUAAAGGAUAAGCACUUUCUCAGAGUCUGCAGAGACUCAUCAUGUUCGACUGUAUGGAUGUUCUAACAGUGAGCCCUGGGCAAAUGCUGGAUUUCUACACUACAAGUCCUUCUUCAUGCAUGCUCCAGGAAAAAGCUCUGAAAGCAUGUUUCAAUGGACUGGCACAAACAGACUGGCAGCACCGACGCAGCGCUCAGUCUAUUGAAACACAGAGCACCAGUUCUGAAGAACUGGUGCCAAGCCCCCCUUCCCCACUGCCUCCACCCAGAGUUUACAAGCCUUGUUUCGUCUGUCAAGACAAGUCGUCUGGCUACCACUAUGGAGUCAGCGCAUGCGAGGGGUGUAAGGGUUUUUUCCGCAGAAGUAUUCAGAAAAACAUGAUUUAUACGUGUCACAGAGAUAAAAACUGUGUUAUUAACAAGGUCACAAGAAAUCGAUGCCAGUACUGCCGGCUGCAGAGGUGCUUCGAAGCAGGAAUGUCCAAAGAAUCUGUUCGAAACGACAGGAAUAAAAAGAAGAAAGAGACGGCGAAGCAAGAGUGCAUGGAAAGCUAUGAACUGACAGCCGAGUUAGAGAGCCUCAUUGAGAAGAUUCGUAAAGCUCAUCAGGAAACAUUCCCUUCCCUCUGCCAGCUGGGUAAAUACACCACAAAUUCUAGUGCAGAUCACCGUGUACGACUAGACCUCGGAUUAUGGGACAAAUUCAGUGAACUGGCCACAAAGUGCAUUAUUAAAAUAGUGGAGUUUGCAAAAAAGGUGCCUGGCUUCACAGGACUGACCAUCGCAGACCAAAUAACUCUACUUAAAGCUGCCUGUCUAGAUAUUCUGAUUCUGAGAAUCUGCACGAGAUACACCCCUGACAAGGACACGAUGACCUUCUCUGACGGCCUUACGCUGAACCGAACGCAGAUGCACAAUGCAGGAUUCGGCCCUCUCACAGACCUCGUCUUCACGUUUGCCAAUCAGCUCCUGCCUUUAGAGAUGGACGACACGGAGACGGGACUGCUCAGUGCCACCUGUCUCAUUUCUGGAGACCGACAAGAUCUUGAGGAACCAGCAAAAGUAGAUAAGCUGCAGGAACCACUUCUGGAGGCAUUAAAGAUUUAUAUAAGAAAGCGGAGACCUAGUAAACCACACAUGUUUCCAAAGAUUUUAAUGAAAAUUACAGAUCUGCGCAGCAUCAGUGCAAAAGGUGCAGAACGUGUUAUAACACUAAAAUUGGAAAUUCCAGGAUCAAUGCCUCCACUGAUCCAGGAGAUGCUUGAAAACUCAGAAGGACAAGAUGCACAAGGAGCUGAUGAAAAGGAAAGUACAAACAAAACCGAACAGAGCCCCAGCUCAUCUCCAAGAUCAGAGGACAGCGACCCUGUCAGUCAGCCUGCAGCGGCACAAUAGGACUAUUAAACAAUUUUAGACAUUCCCUUACAAAAUAUCAGAGGAACAAGCAAGGCUAGAAGCAUUUUCAUAGAUGUUUUUUCCUUUUUUUUUUUUUUUUUUUUACAAACACUAAGGCCUAAAAGGACCAAUUCUUUGCAUAUAAUUCUUAAGCUCUUAACUUUUUUUGGACUUCAGUCUAUAUAGCCUUGAAUUUGAAAGUUCCAUUGGUAAAAAAUAUCUAAAAUAGUUUUAAAACGGUCUCCAUUAUUUAAAUUCAUGAUUGCAUGACAGGUUCAGAGCUUGGCAAGUGAUUCAGUUCUUUACUUGUUAACGUACAUUGUACAGUUAAACCUUAACCUGUUACUAUACUGGAUUUGUGGUGCUUUUCCAUUGCCUUAAAUGUGUUUGAGUAUAAAACAGGCUUAUUAAAUCCUAAAAAAAAAUCUAGAAUGUUCUGACUUAGGUUAGUAUGGAAGUCUAUUUUAUAUCUGUUCAUAUAAUUUAAGGUGCAUCUAUGUUUAUCUUUAUUCCCUCACUAAACAACAUGACAGCACCUAAAUAAAUGGCAGCAAGUGCCCUACCCUUCAAUAUCAAUAAACUGCCAAUUCUGUUAAACAGGUCAAAACAUUGUCAGUCACUGUAAAUAAAAUGGUUCACAUCUUUUUAAAACAUGUCAGAAGUUCAAAGAAAUAACAUUACACAUAUUUUGCAGUAAAGAUAGCCUCCAAGGCAAAUCACUGGUCAGUGUUACAAUGUUGUUUUGUUUGCCCGUGUCAUAUUGUAUGUAAAUCACCCAUGCAGCAGUGUUGUAGAGUUGUGUUCCUAGAUACUUUUAAUUAGGGGUUUUAAUAGAUUAAUCACACCUGUGGAUUUUGAUUGAGUAAAAAAAAUAGAUUGAUUAAUUUUAUCGACCCGAGCGCAGCAUCAAAAUAUAGUGCAUGAAAAAGAAAUCUUGAAAAAUGGCAGAUGAUACUUCCAAAAGAUACUCAACUCAGCUCCGCCUUUGCUUCCAUCAUCUGACGCGCAAGGGACCAUGGGAUAUAAAGAGAGCUCCAGGGCUAUUUUUCUAUUGAGUGUCUAUGGAGAGGGGUUGGAGAGAGAAUCUGCAGAGUUGAGUAUCUUGAAGGUAUACCAAAUAUUUAACAGUAUCUCAGAAUGAAGAGAAAAAUGCAACUUGUAACAUUUGCUCCUCGGUGCUUUUCUUUCACAGCAGUUUAUCGUAUCAUAGUAGUUGCAAAUAUAGUCACUGUCAAAUUACAUGCAAGUAAAUAUAUGUAUAUUAAACAUUAACUGGCCUUAUGAAACACUUGCAGUAAAUAUCAUUGUUAAUACUUGUAUUACUUGUUUUUCAAUACAAUUCAUAUCACUAGCAAACAGGUGUGAUUAAUUGAUCAAUAGAAAAUGACCAGAUUAAACCCCCUACUUUUAAUUAUUUUAGACCUCAGUUAAAACACUAAAAGCAGUGGCAAUAAUUUUUAAGAUUACUAUUUGGAAGUAUCAGAAAAAUUUGCAAGAUAGCCACAGAUUAAUCAAAUUUCUGCAGAUGCAGUGACUGGGCCAAAUAUUUUCAAGCACUGCUGUUGGGAUAUUCUUUUAUAUUUGCUAUACCUGUAAAUGUCUUUUCACUGGCUCUGUACAUUAACAAUGCUUUUUAUGUUCAUAUACUGUUUACCUUUACCAUGGAUUCUCCUGGCUAAUUAAUAAAAUAUAUUUAUUUAAAAAAUACAUAAAAUAUUAGAACUAACAAUAUCUAUAUUGUUUAGUAGAAUCCUGUACUACAAUUGUAUUUAAAAAAUGGUUUACAUUUCGAUUUGUAUACUUGCAAGGAUCAGUAGUCUCACAUUAAGGAAUUUCAGACCCGAAUGAUUCAUCAGAUCACCGUAUGGUCACUUCUAUAAAAUUUACCAACUAUACACUUCUAUAUUUCAGCGUAAAAGCAUGCUCAAUUCAUACAUUUGCU